AUGCCGACUAGAUCCAACCAUGCUCCCAGCGGCGAGCCGAAUGGCCAAGAGCCACCGGAAAGACCCAAGCCCGAUGAUGAGGUGCCCGCCUGCCAGUCCUGCCGCAAGAAAAAGGCCCGAUGUGAUCGCGCUCAGCCUUGCUCGCAAUGUGUACGAUUCAAAGUCGCUUGCGUGUAUGAUGACCGUCGCAUGAAGCCUGGCCUCCGUGCAGGCGCAGUUGACCAGCUCUACCGUCGCAUCGAAACCCUUGAGAAUAUGUUUCUCGGCCAGGAGAUGCUCUGGCAGCAGAUGUGGCAAGCGCUCCAUCCUAACUCUCCACUUCCAGGAUCGACAGACCGACCGACCAAUAUUGCUGACCUGGCUCAGCGACGUGAGCAACUGAAGGCUUCUCUCCUGCAAUCUGUGUCUCCAACCUCGCAGAGUGACGGGCAAUGUGGGCCCCAGAAGGAUGCUGUGGAUAUGGAAGCAGAUUUACGCGCAGAAAAAAGACGAAGGAUACAGGACAUGAUUCCAUCUACCCUGCCGAUUGACAUCGACGGCGACAUCACUGCGAUUUUGCCAGCAGAUGUCAUGACCGAGCUCGUAGACUUGUACUACGUGAACAUCCAUCCUUGGAUUCCUGUUCUACAUGUCGCCAGAUUUCGCGAGCGUAUGAAACUGCCAGGUGAACGUCCACGUAUUACUUGCGUCCUUCAUGCUAUCAUCGCGGUGUGCGCCCGUUUCUCUCGGAGUACAUUUUUACGAGAGGAGAAGACAAAAUCACGAAUCGCAGAGAAGAGCCGGCAAAAAGUUAUCCUGGAUUGUACCGAGUCUUUCUCCGUCGAGAACCUGCAAGCUUUAGUCAUUAUUGCAUUUGAAACUAUUGGCCGCGGCCGCGGGCCUUCAUCAUGGUCUAUUGUUGGAAGCAUGGUGGGUACAGUGGAACAACUGCAGUUGGGCGUCGAGGACGACGAACCGAACCAUGCAUCAAACCCCGGGGAGACACUUAUUCGACGCAUGGUCUUUUUGAACCCCCCUAGGUCCUGGAGCGAAGCUGAGGAGCGUCGUCGGGUGUUCUGGACCGUUUUUCUGAUGGAUAGGUUUUGUAGCGUGUCAACAGGCUGGAAGAUCAGUCUCACCAGCGCCGAUGUGAAGCGUCGCCUACCUUGUGAAGGUGCUCUUUGGGAGAAGGAGCAGGAGGUCCGUGCGCCGUACUUUGGGAUUGCGGACUCGAAGGAUACAGCAUCAAGCAGUUCAGUGGUCAACAGUGACCGUGGGUCGAUGAACGGAGAGGAUCAGGAUGCUAUCGGCGGCUUUGCGUAUAACAUUGAAGCAACCGAGUCACUCGCGUUAGUGACCAAUUUCUUUCUUCAUCAUGCCUUCAUCGUUGGGGAUGCCGAGAAGGCCCAAAGAUGGCUGCUGAAAUUCAAAGAGCUUGAUCUGCGACUUAUCCAAUGGAAGUUGUAUCUGCCUCGGAAGUGGCGAGAAGCCUCCGUGCUCAAUGUCGAUGGGGUCAUGGACCCGAAUCUCACCCUCGCCCACAUCACUCACAACACUGCCGUGAUUCUAUUACAUCAAGGAAUUGCCUAUCCGCCGGCACAUUGGCAGUCUUGCCCCAUCAAACUUCCAUCUGCCUCGUCAGCAGAGACCUGUCUGGAAGCCGCCUCUGAGAUCGCGACCAUUGGCCACCAGUUCUUAUCAUUCUCGCGAAUAUCCACGGCCCCCCAAUUUUCAUUUUGUCUUUUCAUUGCCGGAAGGAUGCUUUUGGCACAUGCGAGAUAUAAUCAAGUACCGAUACCUCCCACUCUCGACACCUUACUCGCAUCUCUUCUGGAGAUUUCUCAGAGGUGGUCGGGAAAUAGUGAGACCACUUAUUCCCGAGGCGAUAACCUUGCCUCGAUCUUUGCAAAGCGACUUAUCGAAGGACCAAGCAAUAUGAUGACUGAUCCCCGUCCGAGCCUCGACAUCCGACAGACGGCUUACUCGGACGAGUCGAAAGAUCAGCCAAAAAAACAACUCAAUACCGGUAUGGAUUUUUCUGUAGCACCUAUAUUCCCGGCAAGGGCCGCAAUCUCCGUUUCUCCAGCUCGAAAUAUGAGCAGGGAAUCAGUACAGGAAUUGUCCAGCCUCGAUCCGUUCAGUUUAGCUUUCCCACCACUUCCGCCAGCGUUCCAGCCAGAUUUUAUUGGACUCUCAAAAUCCGAUCCCCUUUGCAUCUAUGACCAAGCAACUGAGAGCCAUGCCCCUUCACCACCGGGCAUACAAUCCUUACAUCACCAGCAAUCUGCUAUGUGGCAAGGCCACGCGCCUUUUACGAAUGUGAGUCCACAGGAGGAUUUGUCUUAUGUUCUUAGUCUUGCAUCUAGCCCAGGUCAGAGAAUUAGCCGCUAUGGUGGGCCACAGAUUCAGGAUGAGAGGAACCUGGGAACUGGGGGAAAUAACAAUGCAGUGGAUAUAUAA